AUGGUGCUGGACGAUGAGAAUACCCGCCUUUUUGUUAUGCGGUCACCGGAAGGAAAUCGGAAAGCUUCGAGUAUUUGGUACAUAGGCCGAGCCGAAGUGGAGAAGGCCAGAAUCAGGCGUCAGUUCUACCGCCGCUUUGGCGUACCGGGAGUGACUGGCGUCAUCGAUGGCACCCACUGUCGAAUUCAGCGACCGCGGAAGGAGAAGAAGACU